AUGUCGGAGCAGGAGCCGCUGAAGGAAAUCUCGGGCAAGUGCCCCACGCCAGGUGAGCUUGGCCACUCGGGCUGGAACGUGCUCCACAGCGCAGCAGCUGUGUACCCGUACAAGCCCACGCCGCUGCAGCAGGAGGCGUUCCGCAGCUUUAUUCACGGCUGGUCGCACGUGUACGCCUGUACUCACUGCGCGUACCACAUGCGGCGCUACUUGGAGCGGAACCCGCCUGUCGUCACGGACAAGCUGGCCCUUAACCGAUACAUGUGCGAGUUCCACAACACGGUCAACAAGAGCGUUGGUAAAAGAGUGUACGACUGUGACCCGAUGAUUGUGCUACGGCGCUGGCAUCCGAAAUAUCCGGAUAUGGAGGAUCAGCCGACCGUGGAGGAACAGAUUGAGGCGCAGAAGAAGCUGGAUCAGUUCGAGGCACAAAAGGAGUUGCUGGGAACGCAGCAGCAGCACCAGCCACGCCGUGAGACACAUAUUCCCUUGACAAAGGGCGAUGACGGCGGUGUUGGAGGCGGCAGUAACAGCAGUACCUCUCUACAGCGCCCAUCAGAGCGGUGGCGUGUGGAGAGCGCCGACGUCAAGAGCAAUGUGGGCACGUUCGCCGCGGGUUGGGGCUCCUUCGGCCAACAAAAACAACAACAGCAGCGGAAAGAUGAGGCCGUUGCCCCACCGCGCCAGGAAGAGUCGUCAAAUAAGGGCUGGUGGCUCUUCGGCGGCAAUUCGACGCGCGGCGACAACUCCUCCAGUCGCAACGACGGUGCGGCUGUCGGUGGCGCCGCAAGGGCUGCUGGCACAGGCGGCAAGGUAGCGGAUGACGAAGCCGAUGUGCUCUCCAUCAUGAAGCGCCUGAAGGCCUGCAUGGUGUACUGCCCUGAGAACGACAAGAAUGCGCCGUCGACGUAG